AGAAAAUGUUUGACGUGCGCACGGUCGAAUCGGGUGCCUGUUGUGAACAAGAGCGUGAUAGUGGCGACAGCGCAAUGUCAAUGACCGCGCGACGACGGCGCGCCUUCCAGCGGCAGGCUUGUCUGCUGAGCGUGCUGGCCGCCUUUUCGCUCGGCCUAGCGCUCGGUGUAUUUGUGCCGCUGAUCGGUAUUUCGCAGGCCGCAACUAAGGGUGCGAUCGUGGUCGAUGGGAGCAGUAGUAGCAGUAGCAGCAGCAGCAGCAGCAGCAGCGGUGGUAGUUUGAACCUCGAACCACAACCAUCGUUACAAGCCCUACAUCAUUCAGCUCACCAGAUGCCUCAUUUUCCGACAAUCGACGAUAUCCGGUCGGAUGAGCCAACCGGUCCAAGGGGCCGGUACGCUUCGGUGUCGUUUAUCGCGGAGGAAAAGCUGGCUGGCGAAGGGGAGGUCAUCUUUCAUCCGAAGCUGGACGCGGAAAGUUUGGCGGACAGGAAGUUGCCAUCACCGAGUGCCUCGAUCGUGGAGCAAAUGUUGGCUGGCAGUUCGAAGGUUGCACCCGCGCCUCAGAUUCUUGAGCGACGUGAAUCUCGUGCGAGCAAGCUAGAGGAUGUGGACGAACGGGAAAAUGUGGAAGGCGUUAUACGGGACGGUAUCUACUGGGGUCCGAGCGUGGAGCGUGCGCUCCCCGUGGGCUUUGAUCGACGACAGAGCGAGUCUUGGGCGAGAUAUCUUCGAGAGGCGGAAGUGGAACGGUUGGAAAUUGGCUGUGGACGUAUGCAGAAUCGUUUGCUAGUGUUCCGGGAUGGAACACGUGCCUGCGCUCGGUAUCGUCAAAAUACCGACCAAAUUCAAGGUGAGCUGUUCUCGUUCUAUCUCGGCCAGCUGCUGAACCUAACGAACCUCGCACCAAGCGCUGCGUCCAUAAUCGAUCCCGAGGCACGCCUUUGGGCGGCAGCCACCGAAGAGCUGGCCGGAGCUCAGUGGAAACCCACCAAACCCGUAGUCAUCACCAAGUGGAUCGGAAACCUCGAACCAGCCGGCAUUCCACAACCGUUCCGACCGCUCGAACGUCACCUAAACCGAUUCGAUGUGCGCAACAUCACCGAAGGACUCGAUCGACCACGGGACGGCGUUAGGCGACUACUUCUAGAACGACUAGGACCAGCCCGGGACAUCCCCGUGGGGACUCCCUCCUCAACUACGCUGCCAUCUGCAACGCCGCCACCGGAAGUUCUCGAUCGAUUAGUCGAGCUAGCUCAAUGGUCCGAUCUGAUCGUGUUCGACUACCUAAUCGCCAACCUUGAUCGGGUUGUCAACAAUCUCUACAACUUUCAGUGGAAUGCCGACAUAAUGGCUGCCCCGGCGCACAAUCUCGCCCGCCAAACCGACUCCUCGCUGCUCGUGUUUCUCGACAAUGAGUCGGGCCUGCUGCACGGCUACCGAUUGCUGAAGAAGUACGAAGCGUACCAUGGGCUGCUACUGGACAAUCUGUGCGUGUUCCGGCGGUCGACGGUAAGGGCACUCGAGGCGCUCCGGGACGCGAGCGUCGGUCAGCGGCUGAACGCGCUGUUCGAGCGUACGACGACGGCACAGAUACGGGAUGUGCUGCCACCGUUGCCAGAGAAGUCCGUCAAGAUUCUAGUCGACCGCAUCGAUCGGGUGCUCGGGCAGGUGCAGAAGUGCCGGGAGACGUUCGCCGACCGAUAG